AUGGUCAACAGAGGGCCCGACAUCAAGACUACCAACUACAUCAGAAUGCGCAGUAAGAGGCGAUAUGAGAUCAUCAAAUGUCAACGUUUCAAUUUGACCAACGGAGGGCUGAGCAAUAAGACUUUCACAUGCAUCAGAAUGCGCAGUAGUGGCAAAAACAAUGAUCUCCAGAGCAUAAAUAAUUACCAGCCUUAUAACUCUGAGCUCCAGCACCUCAGAAUUCUUCUUCAUGGACCUGCUGGUGCCGGCAAGUCCAGCUUCAUGAACUCACUUGACACUCUUUUACAAGGCAGAAUGACCACUCAAGCUCUGGCAGAUGCAACUUCUGGAGCGAGCUUGACUAAAAAAUAUGAAACUUUCAAAAUCCAAAAAGGAGGACCAGGAACUUUUUAUCCUUUUGCCUUCACUGACAUCAUGGGCCUUGAGAAGCACAGAGGAGUUAAGGUGGAAGACAUCAUACUGGCCAUGAAGGGGCACAUGAAGGAUGGUUACAAGUUCAAUCCUGGAUCUUCGUUAUCCGAACAUGAUAAUGACUACAACAUAGUGCCCACUCUAAAUGACAAAGUUCAUGUUUUAGUGUGUGUGAUCGAUGCCAACAAAGUAAAACUCCUGAGUGAUGAUAUAAUGAAAAAGAUGAGGACUGUCAGACUUGCAGCCAGUGACAUGGGAAUUCCCCAAAUGGCAAUUCUCACCAAAAUUGAUGAAGCCUGUCCAGAAGUCAAAGGAAAUAUAAGAAAUGUGUAUAAGAGCUCCCACUUGAAGGAACAGAUGGAGACAGUCAGUGUGUAUCUGGGUAUUCCACUGUACUGCAUCUUUCCUGUCAAGAACUACCACUAUGAGACCCAAACAGAUGAUCACGUCGACGUACUGAUACUGGCUGCUCUGAAGCAGAUGAUUGAUUUUGGAGAGGACUACGUCAACAGCCUGUAG